UUGUCAAGGGAGUCAUAGUUUGGUUACCAAGAUGCAGGUGCCUGGUUGUGCUCCACUGGGUGUUUGCUUUGUGGUGAUUAUAAGUUCGGCUCUUACUGCAGCCAAUCCUCUGUGGAGUCUCGACCAGGUUGGAGCCUACUUCAGUGGCAUAUUUCGCUCCAUUGUGGGUCCACUCUUCGGCUUUGGCCUGGGGACCAAUAGCACAUCCUUAUAAAGCUGGAUAGAUCAUCUUACCGCACGAGUCCGAAGGG